GGCGGAUUCGUAAUGAUAUGGAUGAAUCCGAGGCUGGCCCUAGGAUGCAGCGAUGCAGUCAGUGCAAUGAAGUAGGUCACACUUACAAAUAUUGUCCCAAAAGUGCAGGCGGUGAUGCACCUGUUGUCUAGAGAUGGCUCAGCCUUCGACCCCAGAGAUUUUGGACCCUGCCGUGGACAAGAAGCAUCGCAGCUUCUUAUCCGUCGAGCACCAGACGGACCUAGGAGUGUUUCGCCCACGAGGCCCUGGAGAGCUGCUGACGGUAGACGAGCGCUGGACCCACAGGUUGGGAGCGGCCGGACUCCUACCGCUUUGCCGGUUGGUCGAGGCCCGAACGACGGAGGACCCCGAGGCUGCGGCCCGUCGUUUCUACUUCGAUCGGUCGCUGAUAGCAGCACUGGUCGACCGUUGGAGGCCGGAGACACAUACGUUCCACCUACCGUGCGGAGAGAUGACCCCGACCCUGCAGGACGUCUCCUACCUCUUAGGCCUUCCUUGCGCGGGAGCUGCGGUUGGGAUGAUCGAUAUGCAGGCUGACUGGAUGAACGACAUGCAUCAGCGAUUUGGGCCAGUGGAGCGAA